ACUCAAUUCAGAUCAGUCACCUGACCUAAAGUGCCGAUCUGGUGGAACAUCAGGGGCGCUAAGCUGACAUCACCUUUUUAAAUUCAAGGGAGUGAGUGUAAAGUGCAAUUAGACUCUGGAUGAGAACAAGAAUGAUCCAACCUGAAGUAGAUUACACUAGAGAUAUUGGUCCACCAGGCACAUCGGUGAACUCGACUCUAAAUGGCCUCAUCGAACAUGAGUGCCGCACCUUCAGAUGAGCAGCAGCGCUCGAUAGAGAAGAUCCAAACUUUGCUGAAGUCCAAGGAUGAUACCUCAAGAUUUGUCGGACUUGCACUUCUUAAAUCUGUGCUGGACAAUUCGCAAGACGUCCGAGAUGACGAGCAGUCUAUCCUCUCUCUCUGGGAGAGCAUAUCCCCAAAGUUCUUAGACCGGCUCAUGCGUACCGGAUCGGGUCAGACGGCUCAGAAUGCGAAAGACAUGUUGGAUCUGGCUGUGUCCGUUCUCCAUAUAUUCGCUAAUCUGCUCCCAGACCAUGCGAAGGGAGACCCCAGGUUUGUCGGUAAAAUCCCGCCGCUCGUUUCGUGUCUGGUUCGCAGCUCGGGGUCUACCGAAGAACUCAUACUGCAAACUCUCCUUAUUCUGGUCAGCCAACAAGACGGGGCUGUAGCUCUGACUCGAGUUGAUGACCUGAGCCCUUUGACUGAGAUUGCCCCGUCGCAUCCCCUGGUGCUCCAGAUCUUCUCCUUAGCAUGGCUUCAGGCAAUGACGGCGGGAUCCGACAAUGGCAGCGACCUAGUGUCCAAGGUUGACAUAACUGUCGACAGCCUUGUGUCAUCGUUUAAAGGAACCGAUGCAGUAACGCUACUGGCAUGUCUGGCAGAUCUGCUACCAAAACUAGGACCCGAGGUUCUCCCUCCAAACCCAACGUGGAUAAAGCCCCUGGUGGACUUCAUCCGAACUCUCGUGACUAGCCGACCAACUGCUGCCGCGCGUGCGGCAUACACAAACCUCGCGGCAUCUCUCCUCCAGGUGUACCCCAUCCAAGCCGCCCCCUUACUUUUCUCCGGCGAUGGCGACGUCCAAGUCGACAAGCCGUUCUCCUACCUCCUCAUCAACCUCCUCCUAGUGGAUAUCCGCUCCUCCUUCCCCACCCUCCUCGAGGAGCUCAACAGCCCCUCCUACCCAUCGACCUCAACCCGCCUCGCGUCCGCCUUCGACAUCAUCUCCAACUUCAUCGGCUUCCUCCUGCGCUCCCUGGACGACUCCCCAUCGCCAUCCACCCCCGCACCCCUCACCAUCCCGCCAGACCGCCUCCUCUCCCUCCGCAAGUCCAUCUCCGAGACCAUGUCCCUGACAAUCGAGUAUCUCCGUGACAGGUGGGACGCCUCCGUCGCCGGCGCGCAGGGGCUGCACCCGUCCGCGCGCGCCGGCGAUACCAGCACCGCCCGGCCAGCGCUGGCGUGGGACUCCAAGACAGGCGCCCUCUCGGCAGGCGGGGGCGGCGACGCCCUCGUCCUCGCCGCCCUGCGCGCCCUCGCCAUCUGGCUGCGCGAGGACGACGGCGAGACCCUUCGCCGCGAGGCCGCGGGCCUGUCCGACAUGUUUGUCGACCUGUACCGGGAGAGCACCACCACCACCACCACCGGGGGAGCCCCGGACUUCCGGAGGCCGAUCCUCGUCGCGCUGGAGGGCGUCACGGCGUCGGGGGAGGAGGGCGCCGAGGCGCUGCUCGACAACGGCGGGUGGGGGGUCCUGAGCGGGGACCUUCUCUCGGCACUGCAGGCGACGACGACAGGGGCGGGCGAGGGCGACGCGGCCAGGGGCGUCGAGAUCGUGCGCGUGCUGCUGCCGCUCGCUGAGGCGGAGCGACCGGGCACGCGCGAGGAGUGGAUGGAUGUUGUAACGCGGGUGGCGGCGUGGCGGGUCUCCGAUGAUGACGAGGGGAACAAAAAGCGGUCGCUCGUCGUCGAGGAGUUCUGGGUGGCCGUGCUGCAGCUUGCGACGGCGCUGCUGGUCAACGCGCACCCGGCGACGCUGAGGAGGUAUGGGCACUCGAUAAGCGCGAUCGUGGGGAUUGGGAGACAGCUGGCCGAGAGGGGGUUGCGGGAUGGGGCGCUGCGGGAGGAGCUGGAUGAUGUUGUGGAGACGUUGGGGCGGUUGGGUUAAUUCCUGUCAGGAGUGGAUGGUAUAUUGAGCCUCGGUGGUCAUUUUCAUUGACGGUGGUAUGAUGUUUGCAUCGUUCUUGCUGUUGGAUAUCCCCGCCAUUGUUCUCCUCUGCC